AUGGGAUCGCGCCAUUUCCCAGCUCGCACCGUGCUGUUCGAGAGGGAGCCGAGCGGAGUGACUUACCGCGUUCCAGCGCUGCUCUACAUCCCCUGUAUGGCAAAGCUGUUGGCCUUUGCUGAGGAGAGGCUGAGUAUUGAUGAUGCCCAUGCAAACCUGCUGGUGCUAAGACGAGGGACCUUCCUCAGGAACUAUGUGGAGUGGGAAGACAUGAGAGCACUGGAGACUGCGACCUUGAAGCACCAUCGGUCCAUGAACCCCUGUCCUGUCUACGAUGAAUUCACAGGCAUCGUCUUCCUCUUCUUCACUGCUGUGCUGGGCAAGACUUCUGAGGCCUAUCAGAUCAUCACAGGCCAGAAUGUCGCCCGCCUGUGCUACGUGUCCAGUUCCGACCAGGGGCAGAGCUGGAGCAAGGUUACCGACCUGACACAGCAGGUCAUUGGCAGGUCCAUCACAGAUUGGGCCACUUUUGCUCUAGGCCCUGGCCAUGGAAUUCAGCUCAAGUCGGGACGACUGCUGGUUCCAGCCUACACUUACCACAUUGACUGCAAGGAGUGCUUUGGGAAGCUCUGCAAGACAACCCCUCACUCCUUCACCUUCUACAGCGAUGACCACGGCCAGAGAUGGCGCUUUGGCGAGUUCAUCCCCAACCUGCCCACCGUGGAAUGUCAGAUGGUCUCUGUGGAUGAGGAGGAUGGCAGCAAUGUCCUCUACUGCAAUGCCAGGAGCCCCUUGGGCUUCAGAGUGCAGGCACUAAGCAUGGAUGAUGGAGCAGUUUUCCACUUGGGGCAGCUUGUUCAGCGGCUUGUAGAGCCCCCCCAUGGCUGUCAUGGCAGUAUCAUUGGCUUCCCUGCCCCUCUCUUCUAUGCCCCAAGCAGCCCCUAUUCACGAUGGACCAUGUCUUUGGGCAGCCAGCUGCAGGACCACCAACAUCUGGCAGGGUCUAAAGAGCCCAGUCCUUCCAGCAGCCAUCACAAGAUCCAUGAUUCCAUGUCCUCAGCUGUGUCAUGUGGAGGUCAGGAGCAGCCUGAACCAGGAGCUGCUUCCAAAUCCAUUUUCCUCUUCCAGACCCCAACAUGGGUGCUCUAUUCCCAUCCAACAAGCUCCAGGUCUCGGAUCAACAUGGGUGUCUAUCUCAGUACGUUCCCCAGGGAUGCAGAUAGCUGGACAGAGCCCUGGGUUAUUUAUGAAGGCCCCAGUGCCUACUCAGAUCUGGCCUACAUUGAACUGACCUACUCUGAGUUCUCAGCCACUGGGAUCCCAGCCAUAGCCUUUGCUUGCCUGUAUGAAAAUGGGAUGAGGUCCCCCUAUGAGCAGAUCUCCUUCAGCAUGUUCACACUGUAUGAUGUGAUUCAGAACAUCCCCCUGAAAGCCACAUCACCAGACCCGAAGCACCACUUGUAUAAGAAAAAGAGGGGGAGGAGUUGUGUCACCUCCUAA